UAAACAUUUUUGGAAAAUCUUCGAAAAUACAACCAACGAGACAACCAAGCUAACGAUAGUAAUUUGUUAAUUUGGCGCUGAAAAUUAAUUUUCAUUGUACAAGCCAUAGUGUCACAUGUGUUUUGGUUCUGUUCGACCAUUCAAAAGUGAUAAGAAGACAAACAGCGAAAAUUGAAAAGUAACAGUGUUAAGUGACAUAACAAAAAAGGUAAAUAAAAAUACCAGCAAAGUGUGUUCAGCUGCAUGCAGUGAGAUAAAAGUGAAGUGAAAAGUGUAGCAGAGUGAAAAUUUAUGUUAUUAGAGAGCAAGCACAGCAUAGCGUGAGUGAGAGCGCAGAACUAAAAUAAAUACCUACAUACUUGCAUUCAUUAAAAUUCCGGCCAGCGGCCGAAACUGCUUUGUAAUACCAAAAAAAAAAAAAAUUGACGACAUUGUUUCAGCAACAAAAUAAAAAAAAGUACCCAACGAUUGCAGAGAUCAUCUCGGCGGAGUGACAACGUCGAAGGUAUAUUUGAUUACUGCAACGCUCUUAAGAAAUUUUGAAAAAAGAAACAACGCCAGCUUAUACGCAUCCGCCAAAAUUGCGCAAACAAUUUUCUAUCCGACCACCUAUAUAAAUACAGCAAAACUGCACAUCAUAAACGAUCCGUUUACAAUAAUGGAGGGCUUCGUGCACGAUUGGCCCACACCACCGCCUACAGAUAUUCCCCUGCACAUGGAUCUAGUCAGCGAACUACAGGGCGAUGGUGGUUUUGAGCCGCAGACUCGUGCCAGAUCGAAUACUUGGCCAUGUCCGCGGCCAGAGAACUUUGUGGAGCCGUCAGACGAUUUGGAUAGCACGAAGGCGAGUAAUCAGCAGCUGGCGGGUGGAGAUUCGCAACAGGCCGUACAAAAUAUGAGUACAGCGAAAAAAAAUUCAUCGCGUCGCAAUGCGUGGGGCAAUUUGUCGUAUGCGGAUUUGAUAACGCACGCCAUUGGUUCGGCGACCGACAAACGGCUAACGCUUAGUCAAAUCUACGAAUGGAUGGUGCAGAAUGUGCCAUAUUUUAAGGAUAAAGGCGAUUCGAAUAGCAGUGCCGGCUGGAAG